UAAACACGUACGUGCUCAUCAGAAUCUCUUUUUUUUUGCCACCCUACAGCUAGUGCUAGCGGGCGCUGGGCAGCAGAGGACCUCUCUGAAAGACUGAUACAGGAGGGUGGCUUACUCGUCUUCUACACAUAUCGUCGAAUCAGAUCACAAGGAGCAUCGAUCAGUACCUUGUAGAGGGAGACCAUGGACCCAACAGAGCAUAUGAAGUGGGAUAAUGACGAUACAUCACUAACUAAAACAUUCAAAGGGGCUACUAUGGGUUUGGCUGCUGGAACUAUUUGGGGGACUGUUAUUGCUACCUGGUAUAAUGUACCUCGUGUUGAGAGAAGUGUUGCACUUCCUGGUCUGAUAAGGACUUUGAAGGUGAUGGGAAAUUAUGGGGUGAGAUUUGCAGCCGUUGGAGGAGUUUACAUUGGUGUUGAGCAGCUGUUGGAGCAUUACAGGAUGAAGAAAGACUUGGUCAAUGGAGCUGUUGGUGGCUUGGUUGCUGGUGCUACUGUUCACGGUUAUACAGCCAGGAGCAUCCCGAUAGCUGUUUGUGCUGGAGCAUCUUUUGCAUUGCUUUCCACAAUUAUUGAUUGCGGUGGUCAAAAGAUAUUCCAAAAUGAUGAUAGCAGCAGGGAAUUAUAUGCUUACACCACCAAGAAAAGAUCCAUGGCAGAUUCAUAAAUUGUUGCUGCUGUAAUAAGGGAAGACACCGGAGUUUUCCCAAACUCUCUGUAUGUUUCUUUGUAUGGAGAUGUCGUCAUACUCUUUGUAUUGUUUUUCUUUCUCGCUUCAAACUGCCUGGAGCCUGAAUGGAUCUGAAUAAAAUCUGGUUUCUCAGUUUUGUGAAGGUUAUGUCUCAGUUUGAGAUAAAUCUGCUCCUAUUGUGUUGAUUUAA